AUGCUUAUAGUGAACACUUAUUUUUUUAUGGGCAUAGUUGUAGGAACGGCAAUUGCUCAUCCCGCACACCAGGGACAUAAAUGUGAAGGCCCAAAACAGCGCAAAGAUCGAUCCACUAUCAACGAUAUCAAGAGGACUCUUACGACUGAACAAUUAGAAGCAUUCAGGAGAACACCAUUUGGGAAGUUUCUUGAUCUCCCUCACUGCAUCGUACAAAACCAACUCAUCAAUCAAAUUCUCUUCCGCGAGGUUCAUCAGAAUAGGAGCGAUGAGGUUUGGUUCGAUUUUGGAGGGAAGUUGCUUCGUUUCGGGAUAGAGGAAUUUUUUGUCAUAACCGGACUGAGAUGCAUUGGCAAAACCAAAAAACAUAACAUUUCAAAGAUCUCUGGUGGUCUACAUGACAAGUAUCUAAAUGGUGUAGAAUUGAGACGCAACCACAUCAGGUGGCAAUUUCAUAAGAAAGCAUGGUCCAGUGAUGAGGAUGCGGUGAAAUUUGCCAAGCUACACUUACUGGCAAAUUUUCUAAUGGGCUCACAUAAAGCACUUCGCAUUGACCGCUGCUCAGUUGACUUGAUCGACAGUCCAGAGUGCGACGACCACGCGUGGGGGAAAGAAGUUUUUUAUUUCACUUUUUACUAUAUGAAGAAGUCAAUUCGUAGUAGAGAGCAAAUGCACAUUUAUGAGAAGCCUGAGGGUGCUGGAUAUCUUUACAGGUGUUAUGGCCUUAUAUUGGCUCUUCAGACGUGGUUCUACGAGGUGUGUGACACCGCUGAAGGUGUAAUAUGCACUUCCGUUGGUGACCGUGAUAUACCAAGGUUAUUGAAAUGGGAAGUACACGACAGUUACAACCGCCUUUUUCUGCAGAGAACCUUCUUAAAUCUCCCCCAAUGCAAGAAAUUGAACAUUGCUUGA